GCGCACCGGGCAGCCCUCGGAACCAAACGGAGCGGAUCUUCCGCCUGAUCCGUCCUGAAACGGCACCGGUCUGUCUGGUGUUGGUUCGGACAGUCUUGCUUGCCUGACUGGGCCCGAACUGGUCCGGUCCGGCGCCUCAGAGUGCGUGUGCUCGCUGAGCGCUCGCGUGUGCGUAUGACCCGGUUUCUCGUGCUGCUGUGGACCGGAGGGGGGGCAGCUCUCCCGCCGAACCGACCGCCUCUUUAAUGACCGGAUUUGUGUUUUGCUGCGCGAUGUACAUGGACCGAAGCAGCCUGACCAGGGGCCCAUCCUCCUCCUCCAGUCCCAGCUUGCUGACUAGGAAUGUCUCUCUGGAGCCGUCCUGCUCGCCAUGCGGCCAUCAGGGGGCACCAGAUGCUGACACUCCUCAGCAGCUGAGUUCUGACUCAGGGCCCAGCUCCUCCUUCGUGGGUCCCAUCUUCCCAGAGGAAGAAGCAGAGCUAGCAGAGCAUAGUGGCCCCAUAAAUGAGCUGUUGGUGAACGACACUGGCCCGCCAGACCUGCUGGUUGCCACAGCGACACCACCAAGCAAGAGCAGGACCCCACUGCUGGGGCCCAAACCUCAGGUGCCCCCCAAACCCCCUCACCUCCAGCAGCAGGCAGGAGUGUUGAGGCCACGCCCUCGAGUUCCAGAAAAGCCCCUCCCACCUCCACCACCCUGCAGGCCCCUUCCAUCUGACCCCCGGAUGAGCCGGACCCCGCCCAUCCAUGCAGAUGGCACCGCCUCCCCCACCUGCGUCCUGUCACUCAUAGAAAAGUUUGAGCGGGAACAAAUCAUUGUGGUUCCUGACAUCACUGGGGGAGCUCUAUGUCCACGCCCACUGGAAUCCCCUGCCUCUCUUUCUUCCUCCCAACCUUCAUCACCACCAUUAUCAUCAUCACCUGCCCCUCCCCCACCCGAGGAGAAGCCACUGUGUGAGGUCAUAAGUCCUGAUGACAUCACAGAAGAGGGGGAGGGAAAAGAGGGCAAGCUGCAUGAUGAUGAUGAUGAUGAUGAUGAAGAGCUAGCAGUGGCUUGCCGUGAUACCGCCCAUCAGAAGCGUUUGUCCAUGGAGUCAGGUUACAGUGCCUCAGAGAAACACCUAGAGGAUGACAUGGUUGCCAUGGAAAUGAAGGAUCAACAACAGGAUCCCCCCCUGCUGCUGGACCAAUCAGAGCUUUCCUCUGAGCGUUUGUCCCUCCCCUCCUCCCAGACGGAUGGGAAACUGGCCAAUCGGGACAGCGGCAUCGACAGCAUCAGCUCACCAUCGCACAGCGAGGAGCUCUGCUUCGCCAGUGCAGAGGACGGAGGCGUGGCUUAUCCCUGCAGUCCCGCCCUCCUGCCCCGCCUCUCUAGCUCAUCCUCCUAUGCUGGGGAGGGAGAGGAAGGGGAGACUAGGGCAAUAGCGAGGAGGAGGAGGGAGUUUUCUGAGGAGGGAGACAGCGACCUGGAGGAGGAGGCGGAGCUAACUCUGGUGCUGCCCGCCUCCAAAGCCAACAGACAAGACUCCGCUGAGCUGUCUGUCCAUCAGAGAGUCUUCAACAUAGCCAACGAGCUGCUCCACACUGAAAUCGCCUAUGUCUCCAAGCUCCACCUGCUGGAUCAGGUUUUCUGUGGCAGACUCCUUGAGGAGGCUCGGUCCCGCUCCUCCUUCCCCUGCGACGUGGUCCAGGGGAUCUUCUCCAACAUCUGCUCCAUCUACUGCUUCCACCAGCAGUUCCUGCUGCCUGCUCUGCAGAAACGCAUGGAGGAGUGGGACUCGAACCCACGGAUUGGGGACAUCCUACAGAAGCUGGCUCCCUUCCUGAAGAUGUAUGGCGAGUAUGUGAAGAACUUUGACCAGGCCAUGGAGUUGGUAAAUGUCUGGAUGGAGAGAUCAGCCCAGUUCAAGGCCAUCAUCCAGGAGAUCCAGAGGGAGGAACGCUGUGGGAACCUGACCCUGCAGCACCACAUGCUGGAGCCGGUUCAGAGGAUUCCCCGCUACGAACUGCUGCUCAAAGACUACCUGCACCGCCUGCCGGAGGACGCGCCGGACUUCAGAGACGCCCAGAAGUCUCUGGAGCUGAUUGCCACGGCAGCCGAACACUCCAACGCCGCCAUCAGGAAGAUGGAGCGAAUGAGGAAGCUGCUGAAGGUGUACGAGCUGUUGGGCGGAGAGGAAGACAUCGUUAACCCGACUAACGAGCUCAUUAAAGAAGGACACAUCCUCAAACUGUCCAACAAGAACGGCACCACCCAGGACAGAUACCUCAUCCUGUUCAAUGACAGGCUGCUGUACUGCGUCCCAAAGCUGCGUCUGAUUGGUCAGAAGUACGGCGUCCGUGCUCGCAUUGACGUGGAUGGAAUGGAGCUGAAGGAGACCAGCAGCAUCGCUGCACCCAGGACGACAUUCCUGGUGUCUGGAAAACAGAGAUCCCUGGAGCUGCAGGCCCGGACGGAGGAGGAAAAGAAGGACUGGAUCCAGGCCAUCCAGGCUACCAUCCAACGCCACGAGCAGACGUUGGAGAGCCUCCGACAUUUGAACUGUUCACUGAGGGAUGACGAGUCCACACCCUCCCACUACCCGAGCUGUGUGGAGUUGGGAAAACGAGCUCCGACUCCAAUCAGAGAAAAGGAAGUGACUCUGUGUAUGAAAUGUCAAGAACCGUUCAACUCCAUCACCAAGAGACGCCAUCACUGCAAGGCCUGUGGACACGUGGUUUGUGGGAAAUGUUCGGAGUUUCGCGCUCGUCUUUCGUACGACAACAACCGAACGAACCGCGUGUGCAUGGACUGCCAUGCUGCUCUGGUGGGUGUGUCUCCAUCUCCGGCCGGACUGAGCGGCGGCAUCCAGAGACGGCGCUCCAUCCUGGAGAAACAAGCCUCGCUGGCAGCAGAGAACAGUGUGAUUUGUAGUUUUCUUCACCACAUGGACAAAGCAGGGGGGCGGGGCUGGCAGAAGGCCUGGUUCGUCAUCCCCGAGAACGAACCGCUGGUCCUCUACAUCUACGGAGCUCCGCAGGACGUGAAGGCGCAGCGGAGCGUCCCUCUCAUUGGCUACGAGGUCUCACUACCUGAGUCAUGUGAUCGACUGGAGAGACGCCACUCCUUCAAGAUCUCCCAGAGUCACCUAACCCUGUACUUCAGCGCUGAAGGGGAGGAGCUACAGCGCAGGUGGAUGGACGUCCUGUCGAGGGCUGGGAGAGGGGAGGAGCCUCUGAUGCACCAGCCAAUCGUGGAGAGUCUGGAAGAGGAGGGGGAGGAGCUUACCGUUGAGACUGAAGGGGAGAACACGUGAUUCUUGA